CCGCUUCACGCUGCGGCGGUGCGGGUCUGGUCUGGGCUGAGCUGGUCUGUGCUGUACUAGUGCGGGAUGAUUCUCUUUUUCUGAAAACCCUCAGAAUAAGCUGAUUUUACGAAUAACAUUCUACUUUAACGUGUCUAAUCCGUCGGUGGAUCUGAUCUCGGUGAAGAUGAGUGGAGCGGCGUUCCCCUCUCCCACAGCCGAGAUGGCGGAGAUGAACCGGAUCCACUAUGAGCUGGAAUACACGGAGGGCAUCAGUCAGAGAAUGCGCAUUCCCGAGCAGCUCAAAGUGGCUCCGUUUAGCUCAGAAGAGCAGGAACUCCCAGAGCGGGACACGCACCGCACGGCAAUGAUGCACGUUCCCGAGAGAAUCGUAGUGGCAGGAGACAGUGAUGACAUGCAAUAUCCCAGAGACUUGGACAUCAUCCAGUCCACCCCGUUGGAGUCAACACUGUCCCUCAGGACGCCACCCCGGGUCCUCACGCUCAACGAACGGCCCUUCGACUUCCACGAAAUGGAGCAGGCAAUCUCUGCAAGUCAGCCUAGCGAAGAAGUGCGCACGCAAACCAAGGCACGUAGAGAGCGCACGGUCAGCGAGAACGUAGGUGUGCAACACAAUGGCCAGCUCGCCAGAAACGACUCUACGGGUAUGACUCCCUCCCCCUGCGCUGCAUUGCGCACUAUGGCUCCCCUCGGUGGUGCCGAGGAUGGGUUUAACCUCUUCAGCGCCCACGGUGUCCUUUCCUUCAUCCAGUCAACCACACGCCGGGCCUACCAGCAGGUCCUGGAGGUCCUGGACGAGAACCAGCGCAGCAAGCCAUCUCUCAGAGGGGCUUCUACCAUCUCUAACCCCCAGCAUGACAACAGGUAUGCGCUGGCCACGCUGGACUCGACUCUAGAGGGAGGAGCAGAUGACAUGGCUGUUGUCGACGCCACCUCUCUACGCAGACAGAUUGUCAAGUUGAAUCGGCGUUUGCAGCUCAUAGAGGAGGAGAACAAAGAGAGAGCCAAGCGAGAAAUGAUCAUGUAUUCCAUUACUGUAGCUUUCUGGCUCAUCAACAGCUGGGUUUGGUUCCGUCGCUAAAGCCGCAUGGACUCCACAAUGUGGGAGGGGCGAAAUGAAAACCUUGCCCUGCUUCAAUGUGUCAAAAUUCAGCCAAAUGUUUUUAUGGCUAAAAUGUUUUUUCUUCACGGCAACAGCGGUAAAGUCAGGGAUGGCUUUUUGUGUUUAAGUUUGGGUCUAUUUUUAUUUUAUUAUUAUAAAUAUGUAUUUAUACCCUUUUUUUAUUUUAAUUUGUACAACUGCUCUUUUUCUUUGUUUUGUAUGUUUUUAAUUCCUUUUCUUGUGUUUGAGUUUUGUUUUUUGCAUAGCCAAGCUUGAACUAGAUGUAUAUAUAUAUGUAUAUUACUUCACGUGUCUUUGAGCUUUGGCAGUAAUAAUAAUAUGUUCCAUAGGUUUACUAUACAGGACUGCAUUUACCAAAUGCAUCGUAAGCUUAAGUUGAUUGUAGGACAAUUGCCACCAAUGGUCUCUACGAUGAAUUUAGGCUUACGAUGCUUUUUGGCGAACACAGCCAAGAUGAUUACAAUAUUAAGUAAACUUCUACAAAGACCAAUGGAAUCGAACACACUGAUAUAUCAUAGACGAGAAAUGCAUCAAAUUAAAUAAUAGUAUUAUUUAUGGACUGUUGUGAUUUAGGUACAUAUGUAUGUUACCUAGAAACCAUACUUGUUAGUGUAUGUGUGAGUUUAGUCCUUGUCAUUAUUUAUGUAAAACUGCCCAUAUGGCAUUUCUGCUACAACCUUUUCUGCAGGAUAUUACUGAAAUGAGACAGAUUCAGUUUUCCUCUCACAGAGCCAUAAACAUUGAAUUACAAAUGCUUUUAUUUGAAUAAAUGACAACAGUAGUGAACUACA